AUGUGCUUCGUCGGACUUCGAAGCACAGCAUGAACUAAGACUUGCAAGUCUAUGAGUCUCUGAAGACGGAGACUCCAAAGUCCAAACAGUUUGACCAUGGCUACAGAGGAGGGGGCAUCCGUGGGGCCUGACGUUCUCCAGAACUCAUCCAUCCCCGCCAGCGAGAACACCGUGUGGGCAGACUGUUCUCCUCUUCUGGAAGCUGUUUGUGAAGAUCUUCAAGAUGGUGAGCUUGUUCGUGGAGAAAAUUUCAAUCUUUUUGCGGCAAUGUCUGCUUUAGAGAUAAUGGACCCAAAGAUGGAUUCAGGCAUUGUUUUCAAAUACUAUUCUGUAGAUGAAGCUAUUGAAAAUGGUGCUGCUCCAAUUCCGAUAAGCAACGACAAGACUGUCGAUGUACAGUGCACCAUUGACAUCAUGGACCAUCUUCUAGCUUGUGAGGCCACAUGGCACAAGGGUCACUCAUUGGCGCAAACUGUGUUUGCUUGCAUCUAUCUUCUGAGACCUGACAGGACAGCUUCAAAUGCCUUGUUACAUUCUUACUGCAGAAUCAUACAUGCAACGUGCAAGGCAGUUGUUUCAGUUGUCUCAGAUGCACGCACACAUGAAGAAGAGGAUAUCUUUACAAUGUCGUAUGGUCUUCCUUUGAAUGGGGAUGGAGAUGAGAAGUGCUUGUCAAUGUUAAAUGCUGUUGAAGAAACAACAUCGCGCCAAUUGCGUGCCUCUAAAGCUUCAUCAUUGAAAAAGAGAGACCUUGAGAAUAUAGAGCCAUUACAGAAUAAUCUUGAUUUGGAAGAAGACUGUUGCAAAGCUUUGUUAUGCCGCUUACGCUUUCGUAAGCAUUUUUUCCAUCUUCUUACACAUAUGAGACGGCCUCAAGGAAGAGGCUUGGAGUUGGCAAGAAAACAUGUAGCUUUCUGCGUGUCAGAAUUAGAAUGCAUGCGUAAAUCAGCAGAAUUCCUUAGGGCUAGUGCUCAUGGGACUUGCGAAGACAGUGUAGAAAAUAGUACAACUGCCUCUGGUCGUAAACCAAUUGGAUUUGAUGCUAGUUUAAACAGCAGGUUAUCUGCCCCAACACCACCUCGUGCAAUUGAAAUUCUUACUUGGAUGAAGGCUACUGAUUAUUUUGAGAAACUUCUCCAUGAUCUUGAUGUUAUAUGUUCAUAUCCAUUGGACCCGGUUUUAGAAGGUGUUUUGCGUUCUGUGGUUCAAUUCCAAAAAUUGCAACCAGAUUUGGUUGCAAGAGCUCAUCUCCAGGUGCUCCUCGUUCAAGAUGGGAAACUCUAUGGGCGAGAUCCUAUCUUUGCUGUAAUUACUAAAGCUGCAGCUUUGCCCGAAGUAAUGAAGAACCAUGAUGUUCAAAAAACUGAAUGCAUUGUACAACUCGGACAGUUAGUGAUCAAUAUGCUCAAGAUUCUUUGUACAAAUGCCGCCUGGCAGAGGUGUAAGCUUGGAAAAAUUUUGCAAGAUUGGUGUGUUAUAUAUAUGCAGGUAGAGCUUGAUUUCAGAAAGGAGCUGGAAGAGGUCUCGAAAUUUUCAGGUGAAGAGAAUGCAUGUGUGAGAGUAUUGAAACACAUCCUCGUUUGGAUAGAAGAACAAACGUACUGGAUUGCUUGUCGUUUUAUCAUUCUGGGUUUUGAGUUAGAACUCUAUUCGCCCGGUGAAUACUGCAUGGUAUACUGGUAUCUAUACGUUGUCUUGGUCAAGCUUGCUGAGAGAACACAUCUUAAGAUGGCAGCGAAUAGUUGCACCACCAAACGAAAGGGAAAGAAAAAAAAGGAUUCACCUAAGGAUGUGGCAAGGGAAGCCCAUAUCCCACCAGCUCUCUUGUUUCUACAGUGCCACAUAUUGCUUGCUGAAGGGCUCUCCAUGAUGUUUGCUGCAUUGAGGAAUGAACAAAUGCUUUUACAGAGUCCAAGCCCCUUUAAUUCUGAACAUGAGAGAUUUAUUCAACAUUUCGAGCUUCUACUGAAAGCUUGCGUUCCUGAUCACAUCUCAUACUCAUCAUUCAGUGAAUCUACAUCAUACGUGCGCUUAUCUACCCUCUUCAGGUACAACUACUUUAAGGAUGCUCAUAGGAUAGCAAGAGAGGUCAGAAGUAGUUUUUCAAAUGACCCAGAUAGAUUAGCAGAACUCAAAAGAUUAGAGCAAGUCGCGGAGCACAACGGGAUCGCCUUGAAUAUCAUUUGCAAGAUAGGAGCUUCUGACCCAUCACUAAAGCUUUCCUUUGAGUUCAUCCACCAUCCAUAUCUCGCUACUACUGUCAUCAAGAGAUCUUGAGUCUCUCUUCAUGAUCCCUACCAAUUUUGAAAGGCGUAUAGGCUUCUUGUGGGGUGUUUUGAGUAAGGGUACAGCAGCAACUGUUUAAUAUUAGUUUCUUUAAGACUUUUUAUUUCAUAAAUUAUUCGUUAAUACUCGUAUAAUAAACUGUUCUAGGAAAAAUAAAAACAUUAUUAACAUGUA